CCGCUCAUCGAAGGUUAGUCAAUUUCCCGAGUCUCGAAGGGAUUCCAUAAUUUGACGGUGUCUGAACUUUAAUGCCGAAUGGGAUUUUACUUCCACCAAUCCAAUUGGAAGAAGAAUAUAUAUGCAGGUAAAUAUGCCGUAUAACAAGUUUUCGAGGCAAAUUGCUCUCUCCCCUGGUUUGUACUGAAUGGGAAUGGAUAGAUUGUGACGACAACAGUGAAAUCCUAAGAAAGUUGUCUUCAAAAUUAGACGUACUUAACCAGGCAUGGCUGGAGUGGACCUGAUCAAUUCAUGUCUUCGAGCCCUUAACCAGGUCCCUGAUGAUCUGGUGGAUGCUGUUCUUUACUUGGAUGCUGGUUCUGCUGAGGCAUUUCAAUUUGUUGGUGGGCUUCCUGUGCUCUUGGAGCUUGGAGCUAGGGUUGUUUGCAGCCUGGAACAGGCACUGCCUCUCAAUGUUGCUGCUGACUGGCACAGUAUGCCCAAAGAACCUGUUCGGAAGAUGGUGGUCAUGACAUCACGUCUUUUAAGUGACACACAUCGGUACAUUCUACGCUGCUUGGACAUGCAUCGUUCUAUCCAACACUGCACCAUAUUCACAUCAAUUUCAGAGAAUGCACAUUCUGCAUAUGUUGAUGCUCCCCUGGGUCCUGAUGCUUUUCAAGAAUAUGAAUCCUUGCUCCUUCAGGAUUACCACGAACUUGUAUUGAAGUCUAACAUUCCCAAAGGAUCUGGGGAUACAGAAGAUUUUGAAAGAUCAGUGCAAACUCCACAAGUUUCUAAAAAAAGUAAUACCAUGGAGAAUGAGGAUUGGCUAGAGACAACUUCAAGCAAAGAUGUACUCUUUGAUCUUGAAGCCAGUUCUGAUAGAAUGAGCUUACAUAAUUCAAGUCCUAUCAGUAUGAAGGAGGAAGAUUGGAAAAAGUUACAAGUAUCAGUGAAGCACUUUCCCAUGAUCUUUUGUCCGCUGUCAUCAAAAGUCUUUGUUUUGCCUUCAGAAAGUGCAGUUGCAGAAGCUUUUAUCUCUGACAAGUCUGACAAUUCUUUGAGUCCAGGGUUGCCUCCCGUUAGUAUUGGAUUGACUUCUGAUGGAGAUGACAUUCCACCAGGAGCAACUCUUAUUGCACACUUUCUUCAUCAUUUGGCUGGUCAGAUGGAUCUGAAAAUGGACAUUUUUACUCUGGGUCCAGUGUCUCAUACCAUUGGAAAAGCUAUGACAGAUCUAUCAAGCCUAUAUGAUGUGGGAGGGCGUACUAAACGAUCUACUGGGCUGCUGCUUAUAGAUCGCUCACUUGAUCUUAUUACACCAUGUUGUCAUGGCGAUUCACUUGUUGAUCGCAUGUUCUCAUCUUUGCCCAGAAGGGAUAGAAGUGUAUUUUCUCCACCUUCACACGAUACAGUUCCAAAUACAGCUCGGGCCUCUGGCUUGCAGAGAUCUUCAGUUGAUUUUAAAGUUCCUUUAGAGAUGAUUUACAAACCUGGCAAUCCUAUGAGCAAUGGAGACCAUUUCUCUCAUGAAGGGCUGGUUGCAUUUAUGUCAGGUUGGGAUGGAACUUUUGGUUUGGGAACUCAAGGUGCAAACAAUGAGAAGAAUAGAGAGCUUAUUUUGGAGAAAAGUUUCCACCACUUAGAUCCAAUGUAUGGGACACUUUCCUCUUUCAGGAAUCACCAAGGUUUGCACUGUCUAGAGGCAUUACUUGAUAAGCACACAAAAGAUGGAGCAUUAUUGAUAAAGAAAUGGCUCCAGGAAGCACUCCGUCAAGAGAAAGUUAGUAUUAGAAAUCGCCUUGGUGGUGUCACAGCAUCUGAGCUACGUACAAUGGUCAAUGCAUUAGCCACAAACCCAGCGAUGAUUAUGAGAAAUAGAGGUAUCAUUCAACUAGCAAAAGCUGCUGAAGCAGCCCUAAGUGAGCCAUGGAGUACACGUUGGGAGGCUUUUGCAAGUGCAGAGAGAAUAUUGAUGCUAAGUGCUGGAGAUACGAGCCAAAGUCUCUCUGGUCAAAUUCAGGACCUUAUUAAUCAGAGUGUUCUGUGGAGGACCCAAAAUCAAGGUAAAGGUCAUCAACCGCCUGCUGGUCUUCUUUCAAUGAGAGAUGCUCUUAUUCUUGCAAUAGUUGGCUAUUCCUUGGCUGGAGAAAGUUUUGGAAGUUCUAGGUCUGAAGGUCCAUUUUCUUGGGAGGAAGAACAUUCAUUAAAAGAAGCAAUCGUAGAUGCAAUUCUUGAGUGGUCUCCAGGUGUUGAUAUUGGUUUCCUCCAUGGUUUAGAGGGGGCAUUAGAAUCGCAUUGGCAAAAGUUACAGUUGAAGAAUCCCACUGAAGCUGAACAAGGUCAGUCCCGUGAUACUGAAGAUCAUAGUUCUAUUGAUUUUGAUGACCAGUGGGGUAGCUGGGAGGAGGAUGAAGUGGAAGAAAGAGAGCAAGAGUAUGGAGAGUUGCAGCUUAAGUUGGAAUUGCGUGAUAGGUUGGAUAAUGUUUUUAGGGUUCUCCACAAAGCGUCAAAAGCAAGAAGCUGUUUACCAUUCAAAGACAGGCAGUCAAAUUUGGAUGAUUUUCUUGGUCCUACUUCAUCAACUAACAGAGGAUUAAUUUUCAAAAUAUUAUCCAUGGUCUUUGGGAAAAUGGAUAUUCCUGGAUUAGAGUAUCAUUCUUCUACAGUGGGGCGGCUUUUCAAAAGUGGUUUUGGUAGAUUUGGUCUUGGGCAGGCCAAGCCAAGACUGGGUGACCAAAAUUUACUUUUUGUCUUCGUCGUUGGAGGGUUCAAUGCUUUGGAGGUUUGUGAAGCACGGGAAGCACAAUCAUCAGCUGGUGCAGAUGGAUUAGAAUUGCUUUUUGGUGGUACCACAAUUCUGACCCCAAAUGACAUGUUCGAAUUGCUACUAGGAUCAAAUAGCCACAUUUGAGGUGACUGGAUUUUUGAAUUAACAUGCCACUGCAGUCUGUUGACAAAUGUUGCUUCAAAAAGUGGAAAGGGUGCUCGUAAUGUGUUGACAGGCAGGAUGUAGAAGACAGUACAAUUCGCAAUCAAUGUUUUUGAGAAAGAUCAUGUGGUGUUAUACUUGUACCAUCAUUGGUCUGAAUUCACCUGAGGCAAUGAGAGUCAUUGAAGAUGUGAAAUAUAGCAAUGACAAUUCAGAAAAUUUCCUAAUUAUUUCUUGCAAAGAUUCAUAGAUUGUUUUUUUUUCGAGGAAGUUGGUUGAUAAAUUUGAUCAAUCAUUAUUUAUUGCCUUCUAGCACCUUGAAAGGCUUAGUUUCCAUAAAUUCACACAUGCACAAGAGAGGUUACUCAUUUGUUUCGGUCUGUAACCUUGAUUACUGAAAUGAAAUCAGACAACUGAUGGACCAGGAAUCCAUGAUGUCAAAUUGUAUGUAAGGGAUGUAUUGACAAUAUGAAACCAUUUUUUGUUGUCAUUUUUCAGUUCAAAGAUUUUGGAAAAGAUGUCAGAUAUUUGAUAGUUAUGGGCCUUAUGUUGUAAAAUGUUCCUUUAUAAAGGGAUUUGUAAAUUCAAUUCCAGAGCAGCCUGUUAAUCACAAUUUUCUCUUUA